GAGGCCUUCAUAGAGGCCUCUGCUCUGCUCCAGAGCAUCCUGAAACUAAGUCGUUUUGCUGUUCGUUGAGAUUCUAAUUAGUUAGAGUUGCCUCAGCUUGUUAGGGAGGUUACUUUAGGUCGAAUUCUUAGACCAUUUUUAAAGGCUCUCUUUUAGUCUGAACCUGUACAUAAGUUGUUUAGGGUUUCGCCACAUUGGGUUCUAGGAACUAUGCGUGCUGGUUGCAGCGGGGGGUGAGCUGUCACCAAGUUACGGGCAGCGAUAGUCCCGUCCUUUUCUAGCAGACGAGCCUUUUACGCCGAGGAAGAUAAUUAAUUUGAGGAACCAUGUCAGGCAUGGAGCCUCGGAUAGCUAACAAGUAUCGACUUGGGAGGAAGAUCGGUAGUGGAUCGUUUGGAGAGAUCUAUCUGGGCACAAACAUUCAGACGAAUGAGGAAGUCGGCAUUAAGCUGGAGUCUACCAAGACCAAACACCCUCAGCUGCUGUACGAGUCUAAGCUGUACAGGAUUCUGCAAGGAGGAACCGGCAUUCCGAACAUCAGGUGGUUCGGCGUGGAGGGCGACUACAACGUGAUGGUCAUCGACCUGCUCGGGCCCAGCCUGGAGGACCUCUUCAACUUCUGCGCGCGCAAGUUCUCGCUCAAGACCGUGCUCAUGCUCGCAGACCAGCUGCUGAAUCGCGUGGAGUACGUGCACUCGAAGAGCUUCCUGCACCGAGACAUCAAGCCGGACAACUUCCUCAUGGGCCUGGGGCGCCGGGCGAACCAGGCGUACGUCAUCGACUUCGGCCUCGCCAAGAAGUACCGCGACCCCACCACCCACCAGCACAUCCCCUACAGAGAGAACAAGAACUUGACCGGAACUGCGCGUUAUGCCAGCAUCAACACACAUCUAGGCAUCGAGCAAAGCCGAAGAGACGAUCUGGAGUCACUUGGCUAUGUGCUGAUGUACUUUCUGCGAGGAAGCCUUCCGUGGCAGGGACUUAAGGCGGGGACCAAGAAGCAGAAGUAUGAGAAGAUCAGCGAGAAGAAGAUGUCCACUCCCAUUGAGGUUCUCUGCAAGGGCUAUCCCACCGAGCUCGCCUCGUACUUCCACUACUGCCGCUCCCUUCGCUUCGACGACAAGCCGGAUUAUGCCUACCUCAAGCGCCUCUUCCGCGACCUGUUCAUCCGAGAAGGUUUUCAGUUUGACUACGUGUUUGACUGGACCAUUCUCAAGUAUCAGCAGUCCCAGGCAUCGGUGGCUCCCCAGCGCCUCCUUGCAAACGCAGCAGUGGCUCCUGCUCCUGUUGCGAAUCAGGCAGCCAAUGCUGAUGACAUGGCGAGGCGUCGAUCUCCACUGAUCGAGAGCCCACGGCACAGGAGCCCUCUGCGUGAUGAUGAUGGAGUUGAUGCUGACCGGCAGAUGCAUCAGGGGGGCUACACACGCACUGGCAGUGGAUCCGCUGCCAGGAGAGCAGCGGCUGCAGCACCUGGGGGUGGCAUGGGGGUCCCAGGGGCGAGGGCAGGGACAGCAGAGCAGGCGGAAGUGAAGCGGUCGGGAGGCCUCGGCAUUUCGAACGCCCUGUCCGGCAUCCGGUCAGGGGCACGGGGGCGUGACAUGUUUGCUGGUGGGCGUUUGGGAGGCACCUCUCGUGGGCCCAAGGAGUAGUUCUCUACCAGCCAUGGACACGACAGGCUUGGGGUUUUCCCGGUGGUUGCGUUACACCAGCGAGGAGGGGUGGUGUUCUCUCGGAGAGUGCAAGGUGUCAUGUUGAGCUGCUGCAUUCAAAAUGUCACGGAAAUGUUAUGACACAAGGCACAGGUUACGAAGGGUGGUCAGGAGCUGGAGCAGGUUGGAAUCGUCAUAUCAAGCUUGAGUAUUGACAUCACAUUCAGCUGGGCCUGGUUGCAGAGGAAGUCCUAUCAGGGCCUGACACGUUGUGAGAUCGUGGGUUUGACAGCAACAAAAACUCAGCUGCAUAACCAGAAACUGACCAAUGGCCCAGGAUUAGCUUGCAGCAAUAGAUGGUGCUUGCUGGUUAAUGCAGCCUUGGGCUGAUUCUUUAGAAUGGGGGGUUUACACAAUAGUGGUAGAACUUGAUUGGUGGGUGGUGGCCCUUCACUCCCACAUCGUUUUUAUGCGUAGGGCGCCAUCAACAUGUUGAAAUGAAAUGUUUCCAGUACA